UGUAGUUAGAUACAGGCGUCCAUUCUUAUUCCAUUGAAAGUAUGAUACAAACUCGCGACUUCAUCUGUUGACUACCGCAAGCUCGCACACAUCUCAGUAUUGACCAUAUGCUUCGUCUUUUGUUCGACCGAUCAAUAUAAACUGCUGCAUCUUUAUUAAAAACAAAUCAUCGAGAAGACGACAGAAAGUCUCCAGCAUUGAAAAUGUAUAAUGCAUGUGUGUGUUAAGGGUGCUUAGUGAGAAUACUUACUGAAUGAUCCAAUACAACUUGAUCUUUCUGUUGAGACUGCUCAGAAAACAACCGACGAUGAGAGGAACGUUUCUACUUCUACUUUUACCAACUCUUGCAGUAGCUGAAACAUGUGACCCCUUUUCGGCAACAAAAGCUGAUGCUUAUAACGACAAAAAAAUUCCCAAUCGGAAAUGUGGACUGUGAACAAUCUGACCAAGGCUGAAUGUAUGUUCGAGUGUCUGAAGGACAAAUAUUGUGUCAGCUUCCACUUCAGUCCUUUGGGACCAAUUUGCGUGGCUCUACGGGAACGGUUUGAGGGAUCCAGCGUUGCCUCCACGAACGCCCUUGGUUAUCACCUCUAUCAAACUGAUAAACCGUUGACCAAGGUAGGGUCCGACUGUGAGCUGAAAGUGGACUGUGCGUCUCUCCCUAACUCCCACUGCAACGACGGAGUCUGCAGGUGUGACGUGGGCUACGGACCGGACGGAGACAUGUGCCGCAUCCUCACGGAAUGUUCCACCUUCAGCAAUAACUUCACACUCUACAAGAAGCUGGCCAUCGGGGAUCACGACAUUUUGAACCGUCCGUCAUCUAACUACGAAUCCUGUCCCGAAGCCUGUAUCACCACGGCCGGGUGUAAGUCGGCUGACUUGGAUUUCCAAUAUAACGUCUGCUACAUGAACACCCACACCUGGCUGGGAGUGCCUGUCACCGCGAAUCACGACAGCUUAACAUUUGACUUCUUCCAGCGGGAAUGCCUUUGGUAACCGACAAGGCGUUUAUUAACAUCUGACGAUUUAUUAUUCUACAUGGGUAGGGUUUAAUCAUCUUAAAGAUAUGUUCCAAAACAUAACUAAUUUCUACAAAAAUAUUGUUCGUUUGAAUUUUCGCAAGCCCUGGAGACUGUUCUAUGUACAAAAAGAGAAAGAAAAGAAGUACAU